GGGGGGGAAGGUUAACGAUAGCUUUGUAUAUUUAAAAACCCUAAAACGUUCUAAUUUAAAUACUACGUCAUUUCGACUUGAAAAUAGAUCUUUUGUAUAGCACUUCUGAUCUCUAACUCUCCAACGUGGAGAACUCGUAAUCUGACCAUGGUCACAAUAGGCUAUAUACUUAGAUGGGCGAACCAUUAUGCAAUCAUUUUAAGUUUUAAUUUGGUUAAAGAAGAAUGUAUCUUAUAUUGUUUUUCAAAAUGGAAGUAAAAAAAGUUUUUUUUAUAUUCAUAUAUAAUUGUUCGAAAUUAAUUCAGUUUUUACUUUAGACAUUAUAAAAUCUUAUUGAUUUUUUUAAAAUUUUUUUUCUAUUUCAUCGAUUAUUAUUUUUCAUUUUUUUUGUUUAUUUUAUCUAAUAAAUAAAUCAAUAUGUAGUAUAUAAUAAUGAAUAAUAGAUGUUUUUAUUUUAUUUUAGUUUUAGUAUGGAAAUUUUCGAUCAUUUUGACGAUCAUUUUCAACCAGAUAACAAGACAAUAAUACAUGAUGUUACAACGAAAAACAAAUAAAAAAAAUUUAGUGAAAUAGUGUCUUUAUAAAUACAUCAUUAACUUUAAUAUCAUUAUAUACUACAUAUUGAUUUAUUUAUUAGAUAUUGAUACAAAUCUCAAGAUUAAACAAAAUUUUUUUAAAGUUUUUGUUUAUUUUAACUUAAACUAGGGAUAUUAUUUUUUUUAUAUAUAUUUUAAGCCAAUGUGACACAAAAUUAAUUUAAUACAAUUAUAUAUUUACAACAAAUAUAAAAUAAAAUAAGUUGAUUGAAAUUAUAUCUGCUUUAUUUUAAUUUUAAUUACAAUAAAUUUAAUCCGAUAGAAUUAUCAUGUUUAUUUUAGUUUAAAACAAAAUAAUUUAAUCCACUAGAAUUGUUUAAUUUAUAUUAUAAUGAAGUGAAUUAAUCUAAUAUAAUUUCUUUAUGUUAUUUUAUCAGACUGAUUUAUUUACAAUCAAAAUUAUCUACAACAGUUUAAAUUAGAAAUAACUUUUAUUUUAAUUGAAAUGAUGCUUAUUUCUUUAGUUUAGGUUUGUUUUACGAUUGAAUAAAAUUGAAGUGAAUUUGUUUUCUAAUGGGAAGUAUUUGUUUUUUGAUUUCAGAACAUACUAAUGAAGGAUUUAAUAUAAGUUAGUUUUUUAAAAUUUCAAUUAUUUAUUUAUUUUUUAUUUAGAUGAUUCAGUCAAUCAAACUCAAAAAAUUAUUAUUUUUUCUCUAACUUUUCACUUAUGUGUUAUCAGCGAAUAUUUGUAUUUCUGUUUUUUUGUAAUUUUUAUGAAUGAAUAAGUAUGUGCAUUAUCCCAGCUCAAAUACUUUCUUGAAAAACCUAAGCAUAUAGAUGUCAGAAGUGGAUCAAAUUAGCUAUACAAUGCUCUAUAAAGCUCUGGAAAACCAUACAUGAAUCAUUUAAGAUCGUAUACUAUCUGACAUAAAGAUCAUACAAGAAUCGUACAGUAAGAUUUUAUCAGAAAUGGUGGCUUUAAGAUUGGCAUAUAAAAUCCUACAAGAUCGUAUACGACUUUCAUAUGAUCUUAUACGUUCAUGGAAGACCAUACAGUAAAUUCUUAUAUGAUCUAGUAAGAAUCACACAAGAUCUUAUAGACAAAUUCUUCCACCUGGGUAGCUAUCUAAUUUAUACAAAUCAAGAUAUAGAUUUUUGUGGAACUCACAUAUAUUUUGGAAGAGAAUAGUGAGUGUAAGUUUUAAGUUAAAGCUUUCAUGUUUGCCAUUUCUUUCCUAUCACAGACCUUAUCAACUCCUUCUCAAAAACAAAUUGUUCAAAAUGCAGACAUCAAUGAGAGAGGGAUUUGUGGAGAGAUUUAUUGUGUUAGGAAACAACAUUAGUUUAAGAAAAAAUUUUUCAUUUUUCGCCUUUUGUUAUAGUUAAAUGAGGCUAAAGAAUUUAUGUGAAGUCUACAUUUCAACUCCAAAGAGCCUGCACUAACAUGACUUUUGGAUGUCAGCUUAAUGAACAUAAAUAACUAAUAUGAUUACUAAUAAUGCAAGGACAGGAAAACUAGGUGAAGAUGAUAAUGACAGCGCGACUAGCUAAGAGCAUAAUACCGAAGUACUAGUAGUGGUUAAAGAAACAGCAAGGUCAUCAGAAGUUAAACCAAACGAAAAGAGAUCGAAGAAAGGUGUGUUCAACAUACUGAAAAAAAAGAGUAGAAUGAUAAACCUUUAAGAGACGGUCCAUGACAGCAUCCAGAAUCCGAAGCACUCGUCAAAAUUUAAAUUUUUGAUUUUUUUAUAUGCGUUUGAAAGGGUAAUGUCUGAAACUAAUAAACCUAAAUUUUUAGCGCAUUUGGACAUUUUAUAGUAAAGUUAGCUUGGAUCGACUUUUAGCACCGUCUACCUAGUAUCAAGAAAAACAAUGAUGAUUUAUCUCAUAAAUGUCUGCUGGUAUUACAUUACAAGAAAUGAGAGAAUUGUUUCAUGUUAUAUACCACAUGAUAGAGUAUGGAUACAUGGGGAAAAUGAGCUAUUUGAAAUAUUGUGUAUCAUUCCUUUACUGGGCUAACAUGACUGAAAAAGUUAACAGAUUACUAGUCUAUGACGUCAGACUUUUGGAGAUAUAUCUGCUGCCAUUCAUUGCAAUCAUUAGUGCCCAGGCUGCAUUUUUUAUAUGUUAUAUAACUUUUGAUUCUCUACAAAAUGGUAAAAAAAUUAUGAAAAAAAAGCAUAGAAUGGGUACAAAAAGUGGCAUAUACUGGCAAAAGCUAGGUAAACAGCAUCGAGAAAAACGACCUUAAGCGUUUUCCAAGGACUUUCAAUUAUGGAAAUUUUCACUUCGUACAAAUUAGGAUUCUAUCCUGAAUCAAAUCUCAUAGGUCAUUUCUUCAAAACAAGAAAAAAAAAUUUUGACCCCCGAAAGCCAUGAGGUGGAGUACGGGAAUUUCGAAAAAAUUUCUUUUUUGGUGUAAUCGAAAGGUGAUCAAUCAGAAAGAUAGGAAUAAGAAUACUGAUCGCAAUCAUAUACUAGAAUUUCAUUAUUGGCUGUGAUUUUGUAGUAUGAAGACCAUUUUUCUGUUGGAGCAUUCGAAGUUUUGUUGGAAGAAAAUGACUCCGAAUGUUCACCCUGGGUGUGGGUGUGGGUGUGUGUGGGUAUGUGAAUAGAGGUAAGACACUCAUCAACACCCACACCCACACCCACACCCACACCCACACCCCACACCCACACCCUGUUUUGAUAUCGCAUCAACAACUGUUAAAGACAAAGAAGAUGAUAUGACACUAGAAGUCGCUUGUCCUAAUGAUAAAAGUUAUUUUUGCGUAGUUUGCGAUUCACAAUUCAAUACAGAAGGCGAUGGUAUUGUUGCUCUAUCAGAUUGUGAUGAAGGUGAUUUAGAAGAUAAUGGAGAUACGAAAUCAGUUGGAUUGAUAGGACAAAUUGUUUGA